AUGCCCUUGAAGGACCAUGAACAGUGCAGUAGGAGGAAGCAACUCAUAGCAACAGUAAGCUAUGGCUAUGAGAAGUGGCAGGCCACCAACUUACAGAAGAGGGCCAGGAAGCACCCCAACAGUGCUGAGGCUGCGGCAGCGCUGGGAGCUAGGGGCACGGAAGGAGCGGGGCGGGGGAGGAAGGGAGGGGAGGAGGCGGCAGACAAAGGACACCGGCUCGCAGGGCUGUGGGGCCGCUGCCGGGCCCGCCCGGGGCGGCAGCUCUCCCGAACCCCGUGCACAAAGGGGGGCGGCGGCGGCGGCCCCGCGUCCCCCACCACAGCGACUCCCUCCGGCGCUGCCCGGUACUGGCCCGGCCGAGGGCGGCGCGACGGGCCGCGCUGCCCCCCCCCCCCAUCCCCCGGCUCGCUCACCUGCCGGCGGGACGGGGGGUGCCAGGCCCGGCGGUGCCAGCCGCGGGCCCCCGCCUCGCCGGGCCGCUCAGCUGCUCCGCGGCGGCAGCGGGGACGGCCGCUCCCCUCGGCUCGAUCGCCCCCCUCCACCUCCUCCGCCGCCGCCUCCUCCUGCUCGCCUCUGCCACAUUGGGAUCCCCCUCUGCCUUACGCGAUCUCCGCCGCUAGGAUAGAGGCCUCCUCACCUUCCUGCCAAAUAGUGAGCCACCCGCAUCGAGCUGUUCAAAACACGGAGCCCCACCCCCCGCCCUCCCCAGCUCUACCCCCGCUCCCCCCGCCCUCGUCCUCCGCGGCUCGCGCACGCGCGGUGUGGCCGCCCAACUGCGACAGCGGCGGAACCGGGGGGAGGGGGGAGGGCGGGAAGGAGCGAGGUAAGGAGCGCGCGCGCGCCGCCCGAGGCCCUCGGCGCGCGCCUGGCGGCCCCGCAGUCACCCUGCCUCCUCCCUACGCGGACACGGGCCUACCUGGGGCUGCGAGGCUGUCACCGUGCCCGCAGCGCUGUCCUGGGCAUCUUCCGGCCUCCCCACCCUCCGAGAAACGCUCGGGUGAUCCGGAGAAGUGUUGUUGA